CCACUCAACUAACGUCACCACUCACCGCGCGCCCGCCCUCACGCCCGCACGCACACGCAGGGCCGCGCCGCCAGGGACAGGAGAUCAGGUUGGAGUCCCCUAUUACGUCACAGGUGGUUGAGGGGGAAACUCGGACAUGACAUAGAAAACGGACAUGGUUUGUUUCAGUGAAUAAAUUGAAAAAAAAAGAAAAAAAGAAGAAUUUAAUGUGGACGUGAAAAGAAUGACUACUACUACUACUACUACUACUACUACUACUACUACUACUACUACUACUACUACUACUACUACUACUACUACUACUACUCUUGUGCAGUUAAAAUAGACAAGACUAAAGAAGACAUUCAAAAUAAUAGUGACUUGAAAAAAUCGCAAAUAAAUAAAGGAAAAAAGAAAAAAAGAAAACACUAGAGAGGAAAAACAAUCUUGACGUUGUGAUGAAAAGGAAAAAAAUAGAAAGUAAGCAGAAAAAAUAGAUAGAUAAAUAGAAAUAGUAAAUAUUGAAUAAAGAAUAAAAGAAAAAGAGAAGAAAUAAAUCCAAUUAGAUAAAGAUUAAAGAAAGAAAAGACAGGACAAGAAUAAAAGGAAAAAGAAGAAAGAAACCAAUUAGAUAAAGAUUAAAGUAAGGAAAGAGAAGACAAGAAUAAACAAAAACAAACAUCAAAAUACAAAAAAAAAGAAGAAAGGAAAGAAAGAGAAACAAAGUGAAAAUAAAUAUAUAAUAAAUACGAAAACAAGAAAUAUAUAGACACGAAAGAGAAUAAGAAGAGGAAAGAAAAAAAAAACAACAACUAAUUGGAUUCUGUCUCGUCAGCCUCACCGCCAUGAUGAAAACUCGGUGGAUGAGUGAGGGGGGCAGAGAUGUCCGGCCCGGGAGGGGGUAGCGCUCCCCUCAGCCCUGCUCGCCCGCCUCCCUGUCUCCCUCUAGGCCUACCCCGUCCCCCCGCGUCACGCCCCAAGCAGCCCUCGCUACAACACCAGGUAGGUGAGCUAGAGGCCAAGGCAGCCACCAUGCGGACCGUCCUGUCUCAGCUGGUGGACGCUGACAAGGAUGUGGACACGGAGGGCACGGGUGAUCCUGGCGGCGGCGACCUCACCUCCUCCGUGUGUGACUCCCCGCCUCCCCUGCCCUCCCUCAUCUUCGACACGCCCAUGAGUCACGUCACGCCCGCGCUCCUAGGCAGUGACCCUGACCUCUCCCACCCCAAUGUGUAUAGAUGCGGCAGCCCCCACCCCCUGACGGCCAACACGUCCCUGAGCGGCCUCGUCUUCAACAACAACUUCGGACUAGCCAACGACAACAACAACAUGACCGCCACCACCACUACUACCACCACCACCGCGGCCAACGACUACCUGGACAACCUGGAACUGCCUGACUGUAACUCCAACACUGAGUAUUGCCCGGGAGAGCUGAGGUACUCGUCUCCCCACACGUCCAGGCCUGUCUCUCGGGCCUCCUCCCAAGCCUCUCUUCCCUCCUCCACCUCUUCUCACCUUCCACGCCGCUCGCAGUCCUCUCACACGCCUCCCAGGGGAAACCGCCGGUGCCUGCGCCAGACUCGCUCCGCCUCCAGGGGCAGCCGAACAGGGUCAGGGGGCAGCCUUAACCUCCCUGGGGGCCUGUCCACCUCCAGUCUCAAUCUCGACUCCCAGGAGGACGUUGCCACCCUCAUCCUCACCCUCAGAAAGGAAAGAUCACGACUGCUGCAGGAGAUAGAGGCUGAGGAGGAGGAGAGGGCCUGGUUCUACUCACAACUUGAGAAUCUUAAUCAACAAUUGCGUCGUUCCACCACUGACAACGAUGCCUGCGAGCGGUGGCGCGUGGAGGGCGAGGUGUGCCGGCUGCAGGAGGCCCUGGGGCAGCGUCUGGGCUCCACGGCCAUGAUAAUGCGGCGCCGCGACCACCGCCUGCACACCAUCAAUACCAUAGAGAAGACCAUUCAGAAGCUGCAGCAGGACUCUCUGCGCACCCACCACAACAACCACCUCAACGGCAACGACCAGGACCCCCAACGAGCAGCCUCCCCGCAGGCACACCACCCCACCGACAUCAUGGACGCCGUCAAUGCCAACCAGCUGCAGGAUGAGGACGCCACGGCUGACGACAUCAGUGAGAUCCCGGAAAUGGACUCCCUACAGUCAGACCCUGUCCCACACCACCCUGCUGAGAGGAUGCAGCCCAAGGGCAGGCCGUCCCUCGCCAAUCAGAACUCCAAUGACCUUGAUUCCCCCACUGACACCUUACUGCAGCAGGAUAUACCCCCUGGAAAGCUGCCGCCAGCCAUCGAGGCUGUACUGCGUGGUGCCUGGCCCUUUGAGAAGGCACUAUGGCACUCCAGCCCUGCCUCCAUGGGCAUGCCAUACAAGAACAAUAACCAGGAGGUGCCGGGCAUCAUGGCCACCUCCAGCGUCACCAAUCGCCGCGCCCAGAGCACCCAGCAGCUCCUCACCAACAAGGUGGAGAUGGUGUACGGCUUGCUCUCCAUGUUCUCCUCGGGUGACCGGGAUGACAUGAGUCGCACGCUGCUGGCCAUGUCCUCCUCCCCUGACUCCUGUGUGGCCAUGCGGCAGUCCGGCUGUUUGCCCUUACUCAUCCAGCUUCUGCAUGGAGGUGAUGGGGAUGUAGCGCCCACAAGAGAGACAAGGCUCCGGGCAGCACAGGCACUACACAACAUUGUCCACUCACACCCUGACGACAAGCGCGGCCGGCGAGAAGCAAGGGUGCUGAGGCUGUUGGAGCAGAUCCGGGACUACUCAGACUACCUGUAUGAGCGUCUGGAGCGAACCAGUGCGGGACGAGGGCCACUGCUGGAGGACGACAUGGACCGCCACCCAUGCCCCGCCAUGGCCGCCCUCAUGAAGCUCUCCUUUGACGAGGACCAUCGCCAUGCCAUGUGCACACUGGGUGGCCUCCAUGCCAUUGCCGAGCUCAUCCGCCGCGACCACGAGGGACAUGGCUCCACCACCUCGGACCAGUACUGCAUCACUCUUAGAAGGUACGCUGGCAUGGCCCUCACCAACUUGACCUUCGGGGAUGGCACCAACAAGGCCCUGCUGUGCUCCUUCCGCUCCUUCAUGCGGGCGCUGGUGUCGCAGCUCCACUCCCCCAGUGAGGACCUCAGACAGGUGACGGCCAGUGUGCUGAGGAACCUGUCAUGGCGGGCCGACGGAGGGAGCAAGGCCAGUCUGCGGGAUGUGGGGGCGGUGGCCAUCCUGAUGCAAGCUGCCCUCUCCGCCCGCAAGGAAUCCACACUGAAGGUCAUCCUGUCAGCCGUGUGGAACCUCUCUGCUCACUGUAGUAUUAAUAAGGCUGAGAUCUGUGCUGUGGAUGGUGCGCUGGCCUUCAUCUGCAGCACCCUCACCUACAAGUCACAGUCCAAAACCCUCGCAAUCGUGGAGAAUGGAGGAGGAAUACUCAGGAACAUUUCUAGUCAUAUUGCUGUGAGGGAAGAUCUUCGGCAAGUGCUGAGGGAACACAACACACUGAGCACACUCCUGGGCCAGCUGCGCUCUCCCAGCCUGACUGUGGUGAGCAACGCCUGCGGCACACUGUGGAACCUUUCUGCCAGGUGCUCCCAGGACCAGCGGAUGCUCUGGGAACUCGGCGCCGUGCCAAUGCUCCGCUCCCUCAUAAACUCAAAACACAAAAUGAUAUCCAUGGGUUCAAGUGCAGCCCUGAAGAACUUGUUACAGGCACGGCCAGAGGGCAUGUCCCUGACUGACCCCCGGCAUGGCAUGGGGCUGCCAUCCCUGCAGGCACGCAAGCAGAAGGCACUUGAACAGGAGCUGGACCCCUCCCUUUCUGAGACCUGUGAUAACAUUGAGACAUCUCCACGUUCCUCCCCAACACACCCACAAGGUACAGACCCCCACUUCUACGGCCAGCCUGGGGACGCCACCCAGUAUUACCCAGGGCCCCGGCCAAUGUUCCACUCCCUGGGGGCACAGUACAUGAGGUCCGAGAGCAGAGACUCCAUAUCAUCCACACACUCCGACAACUCCCAUGACCGGAUGCGACAGAUACUGAUGCGUCACCAGCAGGCUGGCCGGGAGGGGAUAGGGGAGGCCGGGCGCCCGCUGGACCUGUCCCUGCGCUCCAUGGCGCCACCAUCACACUGUGUGCCUGACAUUGCUCACAUGAGUCAGGAAGAGCUGCAACGCCACCUGGAGUCCAAGGACUUCAACACGAGUGCUGAUGAGAUCUUCGCCGCACGGGUGAGGGGCGCCAAGGAGGUGUUUGCCAGUCAAUCAAACGAAGCCUUGCCAUUCAACAAUGGCCUCAGCAGCAGCACCUCAGAAGCCACAAGGAACGGCUCCUUCUCUGGCGCCUCACCUCAGCCUCCCUUCAGCCCACGUAGGAGGCCCUCCACCACCGCUGAGGAGGACCGGAGCACAGCUGGGCGUACCUUUGUCAAUGGGAAGCAGCAGCAGCAACAGCAGCAGCAGCCUCACAACGAAGUGCACUACAACUACUACAGCAAGUACGUGAACUACAGCCGCAACCUGGCAGAAGUCGACAUCGAGAACGACUCCCAGGACGAGCCCUUGAACUACAGCCUGAAGUGUGGCACGGGCACCACCCUGAAGACCCCCACCAACGAGUCCAUGGCCAGCAUGACCCAGAGUGUGGAGCGGCCUGUGCCACAGAUUGACAACUAUGUGGUGGAGAGGAGAGCAGAAGCAAGGAAGGCAGAGCCACACACGGAAGCCAAGAGAGAACCUGAGAGCUUUGGCAGCUACACUGAAACAGACCUGGACCAACCCACCAACUUCAGUCUAAGGUAUUCAGAGGAGAGAGAUAGUGAUGAGGCCGCCUUGUACCGCCGCCCUCCCAAGCCUCCCCCCGAACCCGCCGCACAGUUCUUCGAGCCGUCCGUGCACGACGACUCGGUCAAGACAUACUAUACUGAGGGUACUCCUUAUGAGACACCCUACAAUUUCUCCACCGCCAAUUCCAUGACAGACCUGAGAGAGCCUGCCAUCAAGGAGAUUGAGAGGGAAGGGGCAGCCGGGGCCAGCAGCAGUGAGAAGAAGAAAGAGAAGAAAGGCAAGGCAGAGGAGCUGGAGAACAUCGAGGAUGACGGGCGGGACACGCUGGAGCCACUGCCCUCCCAGCCAGGGCCACCCGGCAAGAGUGGCCUCAGCUCCGGCAUGAUGACGCCCGACAAGCCGGUGACCUACUGUGUGGAGGGAACGCCCGUCUCCCUCUCCAGGUUCUCCUCAGUCUCUUCCCUCACCAGUGGGGAAAUCAACGCAAACAAUGCCAGAGAUGGCCUCCUUGGGGACCUGGCAGAGGACCGGGGACACAAGCCACAGGUGACAGUUGAGGAGAAGAAGGGAGCCCAGGAGGGAGCUGGAGAGGAAAUUGAGGAUGCCACCCAGGACGGCAGCCACACUCCCUCCUCACAGCAGCUGGAGAGGCCAGAAGGCAAGAGUGUGCACUAUGAGGAGACACCACUCAUGUUCUCCCGUGCCACCUCCGUCUCCUCCCUCAGCAGCUUCGAGGUCCAGUCCAUCCACGACGACCGGAGCUCUGUUGUCUCAGACUUCAGCCGGUUUACCAGUGGUGCAAUAUCUCCAAGUGACCUUCCAGACUCACCUAACCACACUGUUCCUCCAAGCCCCAAGCGCUCCAGGCCGCCCUCACAGCCUUUCAAGCCUCCACCUGCACAGAUUCCAGGCCCAAGAACCAGCACUGGAGUGUUCAGUGAGGCACCAAGAGCCUUUGUUGAAGAAGGCACCCCUGUAGAGUUCUCUCGAGCCACCUCACUCUCAUCACUCACUAUUGAUGAUGACCUGCCGGUUGUAGAUGAUGGUGUGCCCAGGGAUCGGCUACGAGGGGAUGGCAAGGACAGCAGCGAGACCACCACCGGCAGUGAGGCGUCCCUCUCUGCUGCCCGGGGUCCUGUGGGGGUCAGAGGAAGAGUCUCCACCAGUAUUCCCAGACUUGGACAGGAGCGUGGCGGCCUGAGCCCAGUGGCGCGCGAGGCGGAGGAGGAGGGAGUGCGGGAGGGCGCCAAGGAGCGAGGCGAGGCCCGAUCUCGCGAGCACUCCGGCACGCGGUCCAGCACCCACACGGACUCCGAGAGCGAGGACCUGCUGGCGGAGUGCAUCAGCUCCGGCAUGCCCGACAACACGCGGCGCAACAAGCAGCAGUUUAGUGGCCGCGGCAGCUCCCGUAUCGCCCAGCCCAGCCCGCGCCCCCGAGGUUCAGGCAUCCCAGUGGUGAAGGCCUCCAACCUGCCCACCCAGAUUCCCAGCGGCCCCGCCCACAGCCAUGCCCAGCAGGGUGUUGGUGGCGGGGUCUGGGGGGGAGACACCCUCCGCACAUACUGCACGGAGGACACACCCGCCAGCAUCUCCCACGCCGCCUCUAUCUCGGACCUGUCCACGCUGUCCAUCCCGGGCGAGGAGCCGCGGAAGGAGCGCCACGCCUCGGGUCAGCGGCCCAGCCUCAAUGACUCAGGUGACAACUCCUCCGACAAUGACAACCUCCUGGAGCAGUGUAUCCAGUCUGCCAUGCCCAAGGCUCGACCUGGCGCCAAGGUGAAGGAGGUGAAGCUCGGAGUUGGGGUGAAGAGGCAUGGGACGGGCCACCUGUGUGCACACGGGGCUACCCCAGCUGGGCCUCCCCUCGCCUCCCCGCGGCACUCCCCACACCACCGGCCCGUUCCCGUGGCCAGGGUCACCCCUGCCGUCAAAGUGGGCGGCACCAGGAUAUCUCCACGCCCUGCCCUGCAAGAGGACUCGGCCGGGGAUCAGAUGCGUAUGUGGGCCACGGAGGGCACGCCAGCCACCUUCUCCCGCGCUGACUCCCUCUCGUCGCUCAGCUGUGAUGACGAGGGCAACAGAGCCAGCAGGGACACCAGCCCCAGACCCCUCGCGUCCCCACAUUCCCAGGCCCCACAGUCCCCGCAACCUCAGAGCCAGCCCCCGCGGGCCAGGACACCAGGCUCUCCUCGCAGCAGAAGGUCUCAGCAGGCUCAAAGCAGAGGACAAGAGAUUGACGGGGAGAAGGAGGUUCCUCGGCAGUUUGCAGUGGAAGGAACGCCCGGCGUCAUAUCUCGACACUCAUCUUUAAGUUCCAUCGAAGGCGAGGAAGAGAGUGCCAUCGUGCAGGCGCCCAGCGCACAGCAGGCUGGCAGCGUCCGCAACUACGGCGUGGAGGACACGCCUGUGUGCUUCUCUAGGAACUCUUCCUUAAGUUCCUUGUCUGUAGAGUCAUUUGGAGAAGAAACGACCCCCACUGAACAAGCUCUUCUGCAGCAGUGCAUCAGCCAGGGCAUGCCCAAGAGCAAGUCUGACUUGGAGAGUCACAGUCGCAGGAGGAGGCGUGGGGGCUCCCGCAUCCCCGCCCCAUCAUCACGGUCGCCGGCGCGCCUGGUGCCUGGGGUGCCCAUCCAGCGCCUCACCCUGUGCCGGGACGAACAACCCGCCCAGCCAAAAAACGCGGGAGCGACGGCGGCCGCUGCGGACAGUGUGGACGCAGACGCCGCCAUGCCAACGGCAGAUGUAGAGAGCUCGAAACUCCACACGGACUCCGAGCAGAGCGAGAAGAAUGAGCGCGCUCAGAGGCACAUCAAGGAGGAAGACUUCGAGGACCGGGAGGAGGAUGACGAGAGUGUUGCUGAUUACACAGAGGCAGACUCAGAGGUGACAGCAACCACAGCAGAGAUGUGUCAGCCUCACAGCGACAUGACUAGCGAAGACAGUGCUCCCACAGUGCAGGACCAGCUAGCGACCGAGAAGGAGGCAGUGCAAGAGGAGACGGAGCCUCGAGUCAGUGAUGAGUCAGCAGAGGGCAUGGGCUCCUCUCCUGAUGACAAACCUUCCUGGGUUGAGCCGAGAAACUCUACUGACAAGUCUUCUCCUUCAGACGGCCGCGGCUCCGACACCUCCGUCACGGCGUCCAUGUCUGAGUCAGGUUUUCUGGCCAUGGAGGCCAUGAAGGUGGCCAGAGCUGUGGCAGGUGAGGCCAAGCUGCUGAGUAGUGACGAGACCUCCCACAUGUCACAGAGCAUAACUAGCGCCGCGUCAGACGCCUGCAUCGACAACAUCAAGCCUCCCUCAGCCAUGGGGAGUCUGGCAUCCAUGUCCAACAGCCUCACAAACAGCACCGAGGAGCCGCGCGCCCGCACCAACAACCGCCGCCUGGAGUGCCGCCACACGCGCCGCAUGCCAGAGAUGGUGCGGCGCGCCCUUGGGGAGCAAGACUACGGCUCCACCGAAAACAUGGCCAGCAUGGUGAGUUCCUGUCACUCUAAUGUAGACAACAUUCCUCCUCCCUCUAUGAUGGAUGAUGACAUGGAGAACUCCAUGAUCAGCGUGGCGUCCAUAACCUCCGAGGUGGCGGAGCAGCGAGACUCACCUCCCUCGCCCCCAGCAGACCACACAGCAAUGGUGGCGGCGCCCGCCCGGCAACUGGCAGCCAUCUUCCAACAAGAAGCCCUCAACGCUGCCUCGACCCUCACCCUGACAGGCGGUGACGAAGCUUCCACCUACCAGGAGAUCACAGACAUCACCGAGCACGAGGAGACGGUUGGUCCCGCGAGUGACACAGAACUCGCUGCCGAUGACCUGCCUGUUGAUGUUCCUGAUCUGCCACAAGACGGCUUCUCUUCCCCGCGGUGUGGUUCAGCGCACGCUUCACCUAACAGGCAAGGAACACCACGUGCACGGAGACACCUGCCCAAAGACAGAUACCGCACCUUUACCCGCGGAGAUGGAGAAGUGUCCUCUGACGCCACACCUUCUCAGGACACAGAUACAACACUAGUCGAGGUGCUUCCUUCCUCUCCAUUCGCUACGAGAACGGCGAAACAGAGACGCCAGGAAGAUUCUGAGCGCUUCAGGACCAGAACGAUAUCCUCCUCAGAGGGAACAGUAGAAGCCUUGCCAACAGACCCUGUCCCCACAGGUGAUAAGGGGAGUGAUAAAAUCAGUCCUAAGAAAUCUCCCAAAAAUCGUCGCCUCCAGGACCCUAGUCGCUUCCAGACUCACACAAUAAGUCCAGCACAAAUCUCUCCUGAGGCAGCACCAGAAGUCCCCCCUGUGAGGACUGGAGACGCUGAUGGCGCUCCCGCCUCCCCACCGAAGGUUCAAGGCAAGCAGAAUAUCAAGCAGCGGCGCCAGGAGGACCGAGAACGAUACCAGACCCGCACCAUUGAGGUCCCGCUGGCUGACAUCACCCCAGAAACCGAGCCUGACACACCAGAUGAAGACGACCCUCCCAAGGAGGCAGAGGACGGUCCCCUGGUGGACUUCCAGGACAGCAAUGAGAUGCUUGACCUGACUGCUGAGCAGCUGGAGGCGCUGCAGCAGGACGCCAACAUCGUGAUCUGCACCCUCAAUGAGACCCGCGAGGCCAUGACCAGCGAGUCCUCAGACCUCCUUAGUGAAGAGAACAUCCUGGACAUUGAGACGCUCAGCUUAAUAUCAAACGAGGAUGAGUCAGAGAUGAGAAAUUUUCUUCAGGACUUUGAUGAUGACCCUCCAGAUAAAGACGAUGACGACGAGGUGGAAGAGGCAGAGGCAGAAGCGGAAGCAGAGGCACAAAUGAUCCGGCGCCCCCGCAUCGUGAAGCCUGGGGAGAAGCCAGCCAGACCCCAGGAGGAGGACGAAGGGGCAGGAAAAGGCAUCAGAGGUCGCAGAAAACCUCUGUACUCUAGUGCCAAGAAGUUCAUCACGCCGACCCGGCCCGCCUCCAGCACUUUGAAGACCGGCAUGGUGAAGCCCUCGCCCGUCAGACCCAGCUCCGCCUCGCCAGUGAAGCCUUCGUCACCCAAGCUGCCUCGCGCCACAAGAGCAUCAGCAUUGAGACAGACUUCCAACAUUCAGAAGGGAGGAAGCAGCGGCGAGGACAGUCCCACGGGACGAAACACAGGCUCCUCUGCUGGCAGUAGUGCUGGAUCCAGCCCCAGGCUCGGCCCUGGCUCUCGCAACAACGUGGUAGCUCGGCCAGCGAGGUCAAAGUCCUUGGCAAGACCUGGCCCAGACCCUCCCAAGCCUCUGCAGCGUCAAAACACGUUCACUAAGGAUGACAGUGACACCCCACCAAGUCCAGAGCACAACGCUGUGGCCGAACUAAAAAAAACUCCAACACCUAAUCGAGCUGUGAAGACGAGGCUGCGGCGGGACAUUGUCCAGCCCAGCCCGUCCACGGCGCAACCUGGUCCAGGCGUGCGCACCGUGAUACCAAAGAGUGGCAGUCAGGACCUGAGUCCCACUAAGGGUCGGCCUCCACAGCACAAGUCAGCAAGCCUCACGAGAGAUGCACGGCCGCCCACCUCUUCUGACGUGGCUGAGUGGCAACACGAGGGCACCAAGAAGACUGUCAAAAAGGAGGUGACGAGCAGGAUAGCUAAUUUGUGGAAGAAAGUGGAACGUGCGCAGGCUAAACCCAAGGAAAGUGACAAGAAGGUGUGGAUCACUCGCCCCAAAUCCGCCGCCAAGGAGUCUCCGCCGCAGCCCUUGGUGCGCAGCUCAACAUACGAGAAACUUCCUGUCAAUGGCGCGGCCAGCGGCGGGAGCAGCAGCGAGACGGGAAAGAGUAGGACGAGACUGGGACUGAAACUGGCCAAGCUAAGAGGCCGAGAUACGAGAUCCUCGCCACCCUCCGAGGCCACGACACCCGUUGACCCUCGGCCACACUGCCUCGUCAGUCCGACUCGUGCGCGGGUAGGAGAGGUCACGCCGCGACCUGCAGAAGCAGUACAGCUCCGCCCGCGGCCAGCCACUCAUCCUCCAGGCACCCAUGUGGGGGCACAGCUGGAGGAGGAUAGCGAGGCGCGAGCAAAGAGGUUGUCUCGCCUGGGGUCAUUCAUCGUUGUAGAAGAGGACGGGCGGGUCAAGUCACCUCCACAGUCAGCCAUCGUCCAGCCCUUCAACUACCAGCCUCCCGCCGCGCCCAAGAUCAGGUCUGCGGUCGCCACCCGCAUACCUCAGCCUUCCAAAUCGUUCCUCUCCAACGCGCCGUGCGGCAGGGACGACAACGGGAACGCGGCCGAUCCCAGCGUGGUGACGGGGACCUGGAGACCCUGACCCCAAUCCCCGCACCGCGCCCAGGACACCCAGGACCCCGAGGACCACUGGGGCGCGGGGCCAGGUCCUCAAGGGCUUACCUAGCGCCUGUAGGAUCCGUAUUCCUCAUGUAAUGAAAUAUACUGAGGAAAAACAGACUGGCCUUCCCCCAGCCAAGGAGCGCUGCGGGUGGGCGGUCUGAGCGUGUAGGCAAGGCUGGUGUCUGUUGUAAGGACUACCAGUUCUCUCAUACCACGUGAGGGAUUCAAGGGCCCAGAUAGGCUUUAGGCUGUAACCACCACACCACAGGUAGGAAGAAUCAACCCUUCAGGCUCUGGAACUCCUCGGUACUGUACAUAGUAUAUACUCUGCCCUUCUGUACACCAUUUCAUAUGAAAAAUUACAUAAUUAUUCAGUGCUUAGGGGAUAGAUAAUAAUAUCCUUGUUAAUUUAGUGCAUUUUCACUGCAUUUAGUGUUUCUGUUCGUGCAUUGUCCACUGUCCUUUCUUUUGUCCUGAAUUCUUUGAGCAUGGGCGAGUUCCUGAGCCUGACGCUGCCUUGGCCACGACGAGGCGCCCGCCGCCCUGGCCGCGCCCCACCACUGCUGCACCAGACAGGCGUCCAGGAACGUAACUAUCAGAAGCGAACCAGAUCGUCUCCGCUUUGUGUUAUGUUUGGACAACUUAAUAAGAAAAUGGUAAUAGUACUUGCAUUUACGUGUUCCAAUGUUUUGUGUUUUAUUUAUUUGUUUGUAGAGCUUUGUGUAUAUACCUCUAUUUCUUUCAUUUUUCCAUAUUUUUUGUUUGUAUUUUUUAUUUUCAAUAAAGGAUAUUUGAUUUUU